AUAUAAAGCUGUGAUUGACGCCUGCUCCCUACAGCCAGACAUCGACAUCCUGCCGCACGGGGAUCAGACACAAAUCGGAGAAAGGGGGAUUAACCUGUCAGGCGGUCAGAAACAGCGGAUCAGCGUUGCCAGAGCUCUCUACCAGCAGACAAGAGUUGUUUUUCUGGACGACCCAUUCUCUGCCCUGGACAUUCACCUCAGUGACCAUCUCAUGCAGGAUGGGAUCCUCAAGAUGCUAAGAGACAACAAGACCACCACUGUCCUGGUCACACACAAGCUGCAGUACCUUCCUCAUGCUGACUGGAUCAUUGCCAUGAAGGAUGGGACAAUCCAGCGGGAGGGAACUCUGAAGGACAUCCAGACCUUGGACCCGGAGCUGUAUGAGCAUUGGAAGACGCUGAUGAAUCGCCAGGACCAGGAGUUGGAGAAGGAAAUCACAGAGACAAAGACUCCAGUGGAGAGGAAGACCAUCAAUAGACCCGUGUUCUCACGGGAGACACUUCUGGGAGAUGAUGAGGAAGAUGAAGACGAGGUUUCAGAGAGCGAUGAUGACGAUGACAAUAUGUCCUCCGUUCUGCACCAGAGGGCGAAGAUGCCGUGGAGGGCGUGUGGAAAAUACCUGAGCUCGGCCGGGAUCCUGCUCCUCCCGGUCCUGGUCUUCUCGCAGCUCCUCAAGCACACACUCAUGGUUGCCAUUGACUACUGGCUGGCACAGUGGACUUCGGAUGCCAUUUUUAACACUUCGUCUCUAUGCACAGGGCAGACCCGCGGUUUCGACCACUCUCCGUACUCCAUGGUGUUCAGUGUUCUGUCCUGUCUGGCCAUCAUUAUGUGCCUUGCGACCUCCAUCGCUGUAGAGUGGACUGGACUGCGAGUCGCCAAGAAGCUGCACAACAGUCUCCUGAAUGCCACCAUCUUGGCGCCCAUGAGGUUUUUCGAGACGACUCCUCUGGGCAGCAUCCUGAACCGCUUCUCUGCAGACUUCAACACCAUAGAUCAGCAUAUCCCGGCCACCCUGGAGUGUCUGAGCCGCUCCACACUGCUGUGUGUGUCCGCACUGGCUGUCAUCUCCUACGUCACCCCCAUCUUCCUCAUCUCCUUGGUCCCCUUGGUCAUCACCUGCUACUUUAUUCAGAAGUAUUUCCGAGUGGCCGCCAGGGAUCUACAGCAGGUGGAGGACGGUACGCAGCUCCCCCUGCUGGCACACUUCUCCGAAACAGUGGAAGGACUGACCACCAUACGCGCCUUCAGGUACGAGGCAAGAUUCAGGCAGAAGCUCCUAGAACUCACAGACUCAAACAACAUUGCAUCUCUUUUCCUUACAGCAGCCAACCGAUGGCUGGAGGUGCGCAUGGAAUACAUCGGGGCGUGCGUGGUCCUGGUCGCUGCCGUGGCCUCCAUCACCUACUCUGUGCUACCAGCCGGUCAGGUUGGGCUCGGACUCACUUACGCUCUAAUGGUCUCUAACUACCUGAACUGGAUGGUGCGUAACCUGUCCGACAUGGAGAUCCAGCUGGGAGCGGUGAAGAGGAUUAACAGCCUCCUGAAGACCGAGCCGGAGAACUACAAGGGUCUCCUAUCCGCCUCCCAGAUCCCACAGAACUGGCCGGACCGAGGCGAAAUCCAGAUCCAGAACCUGAGCGUGCGCUACGACAGCUCCUUGAAACCAGUGCUGAAGCACGUGAACGCUCACAUCACCCCGGGACAGAAGAUCGGAAUUUGUGGGAGAACAGGCAGCGGGAAAUCCUCCUUCUCACUGGCGUUUUUCAGGAUGGUGGACACAUUCCAGGGGCGCAUUAUAAUUGAUGGGAUAGAUAUCGCUAAACUCCCGCUGCAGACAUUGCGCUCUCGCCUUUCCAUCAUUCUUCAGGAUCCGAUAUUAUUCAGCGGUAGUAUAAGAUUUAAUCUGGACCCGGAGAACAAAUGCACAGACUGCGUCCUGUGGGAGGCGCUGGAGAUCGCUCAGCUCAAACACGUGGUGAAGGCGCUACCUGGCGGACUGGACGCAGCGGUGACGGAGGGCGGAGAGAACUUCAGCGUGGGGCAGCGGCAGCUCUUCUGUCUGGCUCGCGCCUUUGUACGGAAGAGCAGCAUAUUAAUCAUGGACGAAGCCACUGCAUCUAUAGACAUGGCCACCGAAAACAUCUUACAGAAGGUGGUGAUGACAGCGUUUCACGAGCGGACGGUGGUCACUAUUGCGCACCGUGUUCACACUAUCCUGAAUGCAGACCAGGUGAUAGUCAUGAAGAGAGGCGCCAUCAUGGAGUACGACAAGCCGGAGGCGCUGCUGGAGCGGGAGGACAGUAUGUUCGCCUCUUACGUACAAGCCGAUAAAUAAGAAACUUCCAGAAGUGCAAUUCACAAAUCUUCUAGUUUUAUAAUUGUGUAAAUUACCUGUAAAUAAUAAGGAUUUCAUAAUAAAGAUCUUCACAUUGA